CUCAGCCUUGAGCCGACAACAUGUCACUACAUGGGAUACAAGGAGCUACAUGACAAGUGCAAUAUUGAAUGAAAUUAACAAGGGAACCGGGAGAGAUGGGUUCACCGUACCGCGAUGGUUUUUAUUGUAAGCCGCUUUGGCGUGGAACACUCUGAACAAGCGGUUAGAAACGGAAGUGAAGAACCAGGCUCUACCAUGGCAGCAGGUGUGCUGAGUGACCCGCCCUACUCCACCGCUGGAGCCCGCAGUGGGGAGCAUACCUCAGAGAUGGAGAGGGAUCCUCCAGUGAGCACCAGGGUCCCCACUGCGAAGUACACGAAGGUAGGGGAGACGCUGAGGCACGUAAUCCCGGGCCACAUGCAGUGUUCCAUGGCGUGUGGAGGGCGAGCCUGCAAGUACGAGAACCCCUCCCGCUGGAGCGACGAGGAGCAGGCCAUCAAGGGGCUCUACUCCUCCUGGAUCACAGACAACUUGCUGGCUAUGGCAAGGCCUUCUACAGAAAUCAUUGAGAAAUACAACAUCAUCGACCAGUUUCAAAGGUGCGGCCUGAGGACAGUAAUUAACCUACAGCGCCCAGGAGAGCAUGCCAGCUGUGGCUACCCGCUAGAGCAGGAGAGCGGCUUCACGUACCGACCUGAGACCUUCAUGGAGGCAGGCAUUUAUUUUUACAAUUUUGGAUGGAAAGACUAUGGUGUGGCUUCUCUUACUACGAUCCUCGACAUGGUCAAGGUGAUGUCAUUUGCGAUCCAGGAGGGAAAAAUGGCUGUUCACUGUCAUGCAGGGCUUGGAAGAACAGGUGUGUUAUUGGCCUGUUACUUAGUGUUUACUACAAGGAUGAGUGCUGACCAGGCCAUUCUGUUUAUGCGAGCGAAAAGACCAAACUCGAUCCAGACCAGAGGGCAGCUGCUGUGUGUCAGGGAAUUUGCUCAGUUUUUGGUCCCAUUGAGAAACGUCUUUUCCUGCGCUGAGCCCAAAGCCAACCCCGUCACCCUGUCCCAGUACCUGACACGUCAGCGCCACCUGCUGCAUGGAUACGAGGCGCGGCAGCUGAAAAACACGCCAAAAAUCGUGCACGUCGUCUGCAAGCUGCUGUUGGAUAUUGCGGAGAACCGACAGGUCAUUCAGGAGGAGGUCUUGGAGAUCCCUGACCUCACGGCGGAGGUGGAGAAAACCGUCUCUCAGCAGGCCAUCCAACAGCUGGGAAAAGAGAUGAUAGGGAAGGGCAUCAGUGUGCCCUCUCCACGCCCACCCAGUCUGCCCAAACUGCCCUCGGUGCCAGCCAAUGAUGCAGUGCUCCCCAGCGAUCACGACUUGGACCCACUGUGGAACAGACAAAAUGGCGGACGUAUCAAAUCUGGGCCCUGCCUGCGGAAGAGCUACAGUGAAUCUGACGUGCACAGGGUUGGAGUAACCUGGAUCCUGGUAGACAGCCCUCUGGCUGUCCAGGAGGCCAAACCCUUUACCAACACGUUGAGCAAGCAGUGCUUGUCUCAGAACAACCUGGCGGAGGACCAUGAGCCCCACGAGGCCAUUCCGUCUUCUGUCCCACUCUCCCACAAGCAGGGCUUGCUCUACAGCUCCACCAGCUCGAUCUGGGAGCAGUCGAAAGCAGCCCACGAGAAAUCAGAGUCCCCCCUGUUUCACAGGAGGAGGCCCCUGAAAGGCGGGCACCGUAGCUUAUCCCUGGGCUGCACAGAGAGGGGCGAGAAGGUCAACAGCAGAGCUGUAGUAUCAGCCUGGCAAGCCGAGCGCAAAGCAGUGGCCCAUCAGAACCAAUCCACCGGGAGAACAUCACCAGUCGAGGCUCCAGAGUUUCAUACUGGAGAUGGCAAUGAUGAAAUAGAUAGAUCGCCAGAGAUCCCCACUUUCACCCUCCAGGCAGAACUCCCUCCGGAUGCACGGCGGUUGCGGGUGGCUCAAGCAUUAGCAGUAGAGCUAGACGAGGAUUGGGAGGAGCACAGACAGAAAGUCUCAAGUUGGCAGACGGAGCUCAACUCCAGAGAGGGGGCAUGGGAGCGGAUGUGCACAGAGCGAGACCCCGUCGUCCUGGCGGGCAUCAUGUGGUCCUGGCUGGAGCAGCUGAAGGAACCCAUCAUCACCAAAGAGGAUGUCCAGGCCCUAGACAGGAACCACCAGGACCUGCAGCUUGCCCUCAGCUCAAUGGACAAGGGCCCCAAACAGACGCUGGUGUGCAUUCUACAUUGUGUAGCACAUUUAAAGACAAUACCAGAGGAGGCUGAAGCCGCUGUUCUGGACCGCACAAUAAAAGCUUUCACCAAGAUGGGUUCUGAUUCAGAAGAGGAGAUUACCGUGCACAGGACCCUGAAAGCGAUCCUGAAGCCAGUUUUACAUGACAUGAGAAAGAAAGCCAUGGAGGAGCUAGAGACACCUUGUUACUGUAUAUCAGUCCCCUGAGCCCCCUCAGUUAGAACUGUUCAAGGGGAAGACCACAUGCAGGGCAAAGCAAAAAUGAUUCUGCAAUGAUACCUACUACAUUUCACACUGAAUUAUGGCAUAGAUCAAGAUUCACUGCUGCUACUUAAAUUUCAUUUGUUGAAUAAUGUUACCAUUUUAAAGAAUGUAUUUCAAGACGUGAUGUUAUCUCUGCAUCAAGCUGUUUUUCAUUUGACACUACUUGUAAUUGUUUUUGUUGAUGUUUUUGAAAGAAAAAACUGCCAUAUGUUUUUGUGCCAUCAUGCUCCGUUGAAGGUUUAUUUGAAUUGUCGUCUGCAGUGUCUUUUGUAAAGUCAGGUCUGUGUGUUUUGAAUAUACUAAUAAUGUGUAUUAUUAAUGUGUAUGUUUAGUUUAUAUUUAAUAUAUGUUAUUGUUUGUAUGUUGUUGAAUGUUAUGUAAAAGAACGAAGCCUCAUUUGAUGAGCAACAUUAUUGGAAAUAUUAACGUAGUUUUCCAGCAUGCUGCAGCAAGUGCAGAAAACACCUCUUUCUCUAUACUAUUUAAUUGAAACCAAAAAAUAUUUUCACUGUGCAAAACUGAAUUGUCCUGACAAAUAUUGUCAAUAUAUUUUAUU